UGCGCUUUUGGUUGGAUCUUUCUCAGAACCACACUUUUUCGCUCUCCAACUUGCCCUUUUCCUCUGAUUUUUCCGACCCAACCUGUUUUUUUGUCUUCGUCUGAAUGCAAAAGGCAGUAAAGAAUAGUUGUUAAUUUGCUGGCGCAGUAAUUGAUCGACGACGGAGCUCCGCCGCAUUGUUUAGAUUCGAUUAAUUAUAUAUAUAUAUUUUUUUUACUGCAGAAUUCUGUCCUCGUGGAUCCUUGAUUUUUUUUUUUGUUGUCGAUGUAUUUGUCUGCAUUUGUUUUUUUAGGGUUGAGAAUUUCGAUAUAAUCUUUGAAACCCUAGCCUAAACCUUAUCUCCAUUCCUCUCUCGAACUCCUCAUUAGGAAUCGAGUUCGCGUCUCUCUGGACGUUCUCCGGAGGGAAUUUUUUGUUGAAUUUGGGAGAAUAGGCGAGGAGGGGGUGGAGAAAUGCAAGGCGUUCUUCAAUCGAAGGGGUUUCUAUCUCUACCUUCAAAUCCUAAAACCAGGGCAACGGUUUAUCAUCCAUCGACUGGUUUAAGGUACAGAUUCAAUUCCCUAACCCCUUCGAUCAAAUCAGUCCUCCCCGAUGUUUCUCCAUUAUCAAUUUCCGGAACCCCCAAAUCCCUAGGGUUUUCCCUUGCCCCGAAACCGCCGCUCUUAAACCGGCAUAACAAAAGCCAUUCCGUCCGUACGGCGGCGGCGGCGGCCGCCGCCGCCGCGGAUGGGCUGCCGAAGGAAUCGGGGAAGCUGUUGGGAAUCGAGUUGGAGACGCUGAAGAAAAUCGUGCCUCUGGGGAUAAUGUUCUUCUGCAUCCUGUUUAAUUAUACGAUUCUCAGGGACACCAAGGAUGUCCUGGUGGUGACCGCCAAAGGUUCCAGCGCUGAAAUCAUACCAUUUCUGAAGACAUGGGUGAACUUGCCGAUGGCUAUCGGGUUCAUGCUUCUGUACACGAAGCUGGCCAAUGUGCUGUCGAAGCAGGCCCUGUUUUACACUGUGAUUCUCCCGUUUAUUGGUUUCUUCGGGGCGUUUGGAUUCGUGCUGUAUCCUCUCAGCCAGUACUUCCACCCGACGGCGCUGGCCGAUAAGCUGCUCGGUGUUUUAGGGCCGAGGUUUCUUGGGCCUCUGGCCAUUUUGAGAAUCUGGAGCUUCUGCUUGUUCUAUGUCAUGGCUGAGCUUUGGGGGAGUGUUGUUAUAUCUGUCCUGUUUUGGGGGUUUGCUAAUCAGAUAACAACUGUGGAAGAAGCAAAGAAAUUCUAUCCACUUUUCGGACUUGGUGCAAAUGUCGCCCUCAUCUUCUCGGGUAGAACGGUGAAAUACUUCUCUCAAAUGAGGCAGAAUCUUCCUCCGGGCGUCGAUGGUUGGGCUCUCUCCUUGAAAGGCAUGAUGAGCAUCGUCGUGUUGAUGGGGAUGGCCAUUUGCUUCCUUUAUUGGUGGGUCAAUAAUAACGUUGCCCUUCCCACCCGAAGCCAAAAGAAAAAGAAGGACAAGCCGAAGAUGGGGACAAUGGAGAGCUUGAAGUUCCUUGUAUCGUCGAGAUACAUUAGAGAUCUCGCCACUCUGGUCGUCGCAUACGGAAUCAGCAUCAACCUCGUCGAGGUUACCUGGAAAUCGAAGCUUAAAGCUCAGUUUCCUACGCCGAACGAAUACUCGUCGUUCAUGGGCGACUUCUCGUCUGCCACGGGAGUCGCUACUUUCACAAUGAUGUUGCUGAGCCAAUGGAUAUUUAAUAAAUACGGGUGGGGCGUGGCCGCGAAGAUCACCCCGACUGUCCUGCUUCUGACCGGAGUCGGGUUUUUCUCCCUCAUUUUGUUCGGUGGCCCCCUCGCCCCGUCGCUGGCGGGAUUCGGAAUGACCCCCCUCUUGGCGGCGGUGUAUGUCGGGGCCCUGCAGAAUAUUUUCAGUAAGAGCGCCAAGUACAGCCUUUUCGACCCGUGUAAGGAGAUGGCGUAUAUCCCGUUGGACGAGGACACCAAGGUGAAAGGGAAGGCGGCGAUCGAUGUGGUGUGCAAUCCGCUGGGGAAGUCGGGAGGCGCGUUGAUCCAGCAGUUCAUGAUUUUGACGUUCGGAUCGUUGGCAAAUUCGACGCCGUAUUUGGGCGGGGUGCUGCUCGUCAUCGUGCUUGCCUGGUUGGGAGCCGCGAGGUCGUUGGAUGGGCAGUUUACGGCGUUGAGGCAGGAGGAGGAGCUCGAGAAGGAAAUGGAGAGGGCUGCGGCGGUGAAGAUUCCGGUGGUGUCGUCAAAUAAUGAUGCUCCGGCGGGUGAGGCGGCGGCGGCGGCCACCAGCCCCACCGGAGGUGAUUCUUGAAGGUGAGGUUUGGUUAGUGUGGUGGUUGGGUUUGUCUGCUAAAUUGCAGGAAUAAUUUGAGAAGGGAGGAAUUGGGGGGAUUGGUUGAAUUUUGGAUGAUUUAUUGAUGGAUUUGAUUGGAUUGGUGGUGUAGUUGGAUUUUUUUAAUUUAUAUGCUAUAUGUUAAAUAUUUAAAUUGAUAAAAAGUAGAUAGUACGUGGACCUGGUGGAUUUGGGCUGA